GGAGCUCAGUCAGCACCGGCAGCCCGUUCGGACCGGAUCCACCGUGCGUCCAGCCGAGCUGCACCGACAGCGACUCCGAGGACGACACCGCGGCUCCCGGCACUACACGAUGACAGUCAUGGUCGCUGUUUUUAUCCCCCUCCACCUUGCUCAAAUGAAAAGAUUUGUUUUACUUGAGUAAUAUAUUAAAGUGUAUCUCUAGUAUCUACAUCAAAAGAUGAACUAAAUAUAUAAUGCCCAAAUAACCAUAUUCUAUUUAGUUUUACUAUUUAAAAUAACGUAGCUCUGCUUCAUAAUUCUGUUUUUGUUGUAUAAACAAAAUGCAACGAAACAUAGGCUAUUCCUCUUGACGAGACAAGAGAAUAAAUACCAACGUGCGAGCCUCGCGGUCUUUGGGUGACUUCCCGCGAGAGUUUGCGGAUUUCGGCCAGCUAAGAGGGCGAAAUGGAGAUAUGAGGUCUGAAAAGGAGCAGAGGACAGGAAGCAGGGAGAGAGGCAGCGUGGAGAUCCAGUUCAGAGAGUGUCAGAGGGAGCAGGACAACGUCGCGGUGAACCCGAGGCACAAGGAGGAGAAAAAGGAGAUCUUCACCAAGGUUGUCAUACGCCGACUGCCACCCAGUCUAUCAAAAGACCAGCUCGAGGAGCAUCUGAGUCCUCUUCCAUCUUUUGACUAUUUCGAGUUCUUCCCCGCUGAUCAGAGCUUAUACCCACAUCUCUUCUCAAGAGCAUACAUCAACUUCAAAAACCCAGAGGAUAUCAUUAUUUUCAGAGAUCGCUUUGAUGGCUAUGUAUUCAUUGACAAUAAAG